AUGGAAAGUUGUGACCUGGAUGUGAUGGGCUUAAGUGAGACUCACCUCAGAGAGUCCGGUCAUCUUGUCAUGGCAUCGGGUAAGCUGAGACUCAGUGCAGGUAAUCCAGAAAACAGCUUCAGCGGCGUUGGGUUUCUAGUAUCAAAGAGAAUGCGUGGCAGGAUGAUCGGGUACAAUGCAGUCAAUGACAGAAUCAUUGCACUAAAACUAUCUGCCCACCCUUAUCCCAUCAACAUCGUACAAGUAUAUGCACCGACCUCGAAUUCAAACCAGGAUGAAAUAGACUCUUUCUACAACAGCUUGGGGAAAGUCUACCAAGAUAUCCCAAAGAAGGAAGUCACAAUUCUCAUGGGAGAUCUCAAUGCCAAGAUAGGCAAUACGCUAAUGGAUGACCAUGUUCGUGGCAUAGUCGGGAAAUUCGGGCUAGGGACUCGUAACGAGCGAGGGCAGUUACUCCUCGACUUCUGUGCGGAAAACAAUGUUUCAGUCAUGAACACCCAGUUCCAGCAUCAUCCUCGAAGGUUGUAUACAUGGAUCUCCCCUAACGGUCAACAUAGAAAUCAGAUUGACUAUGUCAUGAUAGGGAAACGAUGGAAAUCAUCUGUCCUGAAUGUUACGACGAGACCAGGUGCAGAUUGUGGCAGUGACCGCCAACUACUUGUUGCAAAAGUUAAAAUCCGUCUUAAGUCAAUCAAACAGCAGAAACCUAGGAAGGUGGUGGACAUAUCGGGUCGAGCACAGGAGUUGUUUGCCAAUGCCAUUAAGGAGCGGUUGCGUGAUUUUGCCGUAGAUCCCUUCGACUCUGCAAAUGUUACCUGGGAACAGUUGAAACAGGUAACCUUGCAGACAGCGAGCGAAGUCGUCGGAAAACAAGCAAUAGAACAACCUAAAUCACCUUGGAUGUCCGAAGAAACAUGGUCAGCUAUCGUCAGAAGAAAAGCCCGAAAGGAGGAUGGUCUUACGACUGACGCAGAUAAGCAUGAGUACAGACUGCUGCAUCAUGAAGUCCAAAGACUUUGCAGACGUGACAGAGAUGCCUAUAUAAAUGCUGUCUGCGAUGACAUUCAAAGGGAUUCUGAACGCAUGCAUUCUAAGGACAUGUUCCGCAGAGUGAAGCUGUUGGCCAAAGAGUACAAGCUGAAAACCUGGACUAUUGAGGACGACCGUGGUAACCUCAUCAUUGACAGGCAGGCUGCGCUAGACAGAUGGAGGAGAUACAGCGAACAGCUAUAUUGCGAAAAGGGCUGCAAUGAUAUCGAAGAAAGGGUGGACUAUAACCAACAUGAGCCAGAUAUCCUUCUACAAGAAGUUGAGGCAGCAAUCAAUAGGCUGAAGCAAAAAGCAUGCGGAAGGGACAGCGUAACCGCUCUAAUGUUAAAGAGCCUAGGCUCGGAUGGUACCAAGAUUUUACACUCCAUUUGCCAGAAAGUAUGGCGUACUGGCCAGUGGCCUGAAGACUGGACGGAAUCAAUAUUAAUUCCUCUCCAUAAAAAAGGCUCCACACGCAAAUGUGAGAACUACAGGACUAUCUCCAUAAUCUCGCAUGCCAGUAAAAUUCUCCUCCAUAUUAUCAAUAAAAGACUGGAGAGUUUUAUCAGUAGGCAAAUCGCAAAAGAGCAAGCAGGUUUUGUUAAGGGUCGAGGAACCAGAGAGCAGAUCUUAAACAUAAGGCAGUUGAUCGAAAAGGCAAGGGAGUUCAACGUCCCGAUGGCUCUCUGCUUCAUUGACUACGCCAAGGCUUUUGACUGCAUCAACUGGAAGAAAAUGUUCGACGUGAUGCAAGAGAUGGGAAUACCGGACCACCUCGUCUCCCUUGUUCAGACUCUAUAUAUGGAUGGAAUUACGAGAGUCAGAAUGAACAAUGAGUUUUUCCAUCCAUUUAAGCCCGAACGUGGAGUCAGACAGGGGUGUAUUCUCUCCCCACAACUCUUCAACCUCAUCGGUGAACACAUUAUGAGGCUCGUUCUGGAGAACUGGGAGGGGGGUAUUCGUGUAGUAGGCCACCGAAUUAAUAAUCUUCGUUUCGCUGAUGAUACCACUAUAAUCGGUACCUCGGAGCGAGAGCUGCAUGAGCUUCUGAGGAGAGUGGAAGUCGUUAGCAAAGAUUACGGACUUUGCAUCAACCGAUCCAAAACGAAAUUGAUGUUUGUCGAUAGAGCUGGCACAAUGACACGCACUCACGAACUGCGUGACCUGGACGUGGUGCAGGAAUUUGUGUACUUGGGGUCAUUAAUAUCCAGUGACGGUGACUGUGACAGGGAGGUGGUCAGGAGGGCCCAGAUGUCAAAAUCAGCCGUGAAGCGAUUGGAGAAGAUUUGGAGAAAUCGCAGCAUAAGCAAAAAAACUAAGAUAAAGCUCAUGAGAACCCUUAUCUUCUCCAUAUUCUUGUACGCUUCUGAGACGUGGACCCUCAAGGGCCGUUCUGAGUCGGCGGUGAAGUUCACCAUAUGA